AUGCUCGGUAAGGUGACUGGAACAGUGGCGAUUGCCGGAAUCGCCUUCUUGGCUGGAAAAUAUUCGAAUGACGAUGUCUCGUUGUUCCGUAAUGGAAAAAUGGACACUAAUGUGCCGAUGAACCAACCAAUUCUCCCAGUAACAACCACCGGCGCCACCAUCAAACCAUCCGAAUUGAAUGCCGACGCUCUGGGACCGUCUCGUUCGGCGGAAAUUAUGAAACACGGUUAUCCAGGAUUCACAAAUGUUCGCACUUAUGAGGAUUUCGUGCUUUCUUACGAUUAUAAGACGAAAACUGCUCAUUGGGUCUGCGAACAUUUGACACCGGAACGUCUGAAACACGCAGAAGGCGUCGAUCGGAAGUUGUGUGAAUUCAAGCCCGACGUCACCUUUCCUCAGAAGUUCUUAUCCCAGAAUACGGAUUACAGAGCCAGCGGAUUCGAUCGUGGCCACCUCGCCGCCGCUGGAAAUCACCGGAAAAGUCAAUUGGCUGUAGAUCAAACGUUCUUUUUGAGUAAUAUGAGUCCACAAGUCGGACGGGGAUUCAAUAGGGAUAAGUGGAACGAUUUGGAAAUGCAUUGCAGAAGAGUGGCGAAAAAGAUGCUCAACACACAUAUCAUCACCGGUCCCCUCUACCUACCGAAACUCGAAGAAAACGGGAAAAAAUACGUGAAAUAUCAAGUAAUCGGAGAGAAUAACGUCGCCGUCCCAACGCAUUUCUUCAAAGUCGCCCUAUUCGAGGUCUCGCCUGGAAAAUACGAAUUGGAAUCGUAUAUUCUUCCGAAUACCGUAAUCGAGGAUACUGUAGAGAUUUCGAAAUUUCACGUGCCGUUGGACGCCGUCGAACGAAGCGCCGGACUCGAGUUGUUCACGAGAAUCGAUCCGAAGGCUAUCGUCAAAAUUAAUGGAGUCAAGAAGGGCGGUCUUUUGUGGUGA